AUGCUGAAUAUGGUGAAAAAUAUCCUAGCUGACAUGAAUAAAACACUGCAUAAAGACAUUGUGCAGUUGAAAGGCCAACUUGCGCUCACUAACGCGAAUCUGGCAGCACUGAGGCGCUCGUUGUUGGCCGAGUGGACGAAAAUUGGUGAAAAGCGGAUCCGAAUCUUCACGAGCCCACUCGAUUGGCAAACCGCAAAUGAGACAUGCCAAGCUUUCCCCGCUCGACUUAUUCGAAUCAAUGGAUCAACGGAGAAUAAGCAAUUGACCGAUUUAUUGUCGAAUCAACACGAUUCUCUUUUUUGGAUUGGAGAACAAAUGAAAGUGGAUUACUCGAGUGAUAAGAGAUUUCACAAAUUCCCCGCGUCGACAACUUGCGUUACGAUCAGUCAACGAGGCACUUGGACGGGCAGGGAGUGCACCGAGAAAUUGCCGUUCAUUUGUGCGAUCGAAAAU